CUAAAGUCAAAAGCACAAAAUCGAAAGGCAAAACGUCAAAUUUACUUGAUUAUACUAAAAAUUAGAAACAUUAAGUGUUCUAAGAAUUAAAAAACCACUUAAAAUCCAGUGUUUUAGAAUAAUUCUUUCACUUAAACUUAUAGUAACGUAAGACAAGCGUAGUGAUUACCAGUAAACGUGUAAUGGAGUAGAGUGAAGUUCGUGUGAUCACCGCGUACGUGUAUUAUGGCUCAAAGAUUCCCUCCCGGUGGCCCUCCUGUCGGUCCGAGCGGGCCCGGCGGGCCGGGGCCGGGUCCGGGGCCGGGCCCAGGCGGGCCGGCGGGCGCGGCGCUGCCGCCGCAGCCGCGGUACGCAGGGGCUGCGCCGCCGCCUAACGCCAUGCCGCCGCGACCCUAUCCUGGACCCAAUUUUCCGCAACGCAGCGGCUUCACCCCGCCGCCUGUGUCAGCGGGCGGCGCGCCGCGGCCCGCGCCGUACGGCGGGGCGCCGCACGCGCCGCCGCCGCCGCGCGCCGCGCCCGGCCCGGCGCCGCCCGGCGGCAAGCGCCCGCCGGACAACAGGAGCCCGCUGCCGCCGCAACAUAAACCGCCUAAUAUGUACAAUAACGAGUACGCAGCGGGCGGUGGCAAACGCAAGAAGCGUCUAGCAGACAAGAUCCUUCCCCAGAAGGUCCGAGACCUGGUCCCCGAGUCGCAAGCCUACAUGGACUUGCUGGCCUUUGAGAGGAAACUGGAUGCCACCAUAUUGAGAAAGAGGCUGGACAUUCAGGAGGCGCUGAAGCGGCCUAUGAAGCAGAAACGAAAGCUGAGGAUCUUUAUAUCCAAUACUUUCUACCCAGGUCAGGGUGACAAUGCGGUGGCAUCAUGGGAGCUCCGUGUAGAGGGGCGCCUGUUGGACGACGCUAAAGGAGACCCUGGCAAGGUGCCGCAGGUUAAACGCAAAUUCUCGUCAUUCUUCAAGUCAUUGGUGAUCGAACUGGAUAAGGAGCUGUACGGCCCCGAUAACCACUUGGUGGAGUGGCACCGCACUCUCACCACGCAGGAAACUGAUGGGUUCCAGGUGAAACGCCCUGGCUACAAGAACGUGCGAUGCACGAUCUUACUGCUACUGGACUAUCAGCCGCUGCAGUUCAAGUUGGACGGACGCUUGGCCCGUCUGCUCGGCGUACACACACAGACUAGACCUGUCAUUGUGAAUGCACUCUGGCAGUAUGUCAAGACACAUCGUUUGCAGGAUCCCCAUGAGCGCGAAUGGGUCGUCUGCGACAAGUACCUGGAGCAGAUCUUCGGCUGUGCGCGUAUGAAGCUUGCCGAGGUCCCGGGCCGCUUGGCCGCCUUAUUGCACGCUCCGGACCCGAUCGUCAUUAACCACGUGAUCGGCGUCGAAGCACCGCAUGACGCUAAACAGACUGCUUGCUACGAUAUUGACGUAGAAGUGGACGACACUUUGAAGUCCCAGAUGAAUAGUUUCCUGCUGAGCACGGCCAACCAGCAGGAGAUCCAGGGACUCGACUCCAAAAUACACGAGACGGUGGACACUAUCAACCAGUUGAAGACGCACCGCGAGUUCUUCCUAUCAUUCAGCAAGGACCCGCAACAGUUCGUGCAUAAGUGGCUCGUGUCGCAGUCGCGUGAUCUUAAGACGAUGAACGGCGGCGGUGGCAACCCUGAAGAGGAGCGUCGUUCAGAAUUCUACGCGCAGCCGUGGUCGGGCGAGGCCGUCGCCCGCUACCUCUCCGCCAGGCUCACACAACGACGCCAGCAACUGGACGCGGCCCUUACUCCACAUCUCACUAGACUUUAAGUUCUGUAGCUUUUUAGUCUAUAUCAUAGAGAAAAAAAUACAUAGAUUGCUCACUCCAUGACAUGAGUUUUGGUAU